GAUGCCGACGUUCGACGAUCCCUGCUAUCGGUUGCCAGUGCCGCGUUUGCCGCCUUCGUGGUUGAUUCCCCCAAGAGGUGGCUCAAAGUAGCUGCCAUCCUCGUUCUCGGCACUGCGGCCGCCCUCCUGGGCGCGCCUCAUGACAGUUGGGACCAGCUGCCGCUAGCGCUGACGGCCCUGGUGGCCCCCUUGCUUGCCUCGCUGCUACCGGGCACCGGCUCGUCCUCCCUGGCUGCCAUGGACCUCGCGCUUCCUGCCAUGCCUCUGGUGCUCUAUGUGGUUGAGGGUUACGUCGAACCUCAUGCCAAGGACCUUACUGGCUGUGACUUCCUGGCGCGUUGCCUGGGACUCUUGAGCUACUCUUUCGCCACUGCGGCAGCGGUCUCUGCUGCGGUGCAGGGGCUGUGGCAGGCGGUCCCAUAUUUACCUGGCGAGCUCCUGGCGCUGGUGCAGCUACCAACUCGCUUAGCAGACGCGGAGGCCGCAUUGGCGGAAGAAAGAGCAAAGCGUCUUUGUGCCGAAGAAGAGUUGGCGAAGCUUCGAAGUUCGAUCGCCGCCGGCGCUG